AAUAAACUAUUAAAUAAAACAAUGAUAUUUGAAAAAUAUGUAUUGUUUCAGGUGCCCUGACGACGGGUCCCGGUCCACCGGUUGUUCGGGGAGCAGCUGCGUCGCCCCCGGAAGUGGCUGGACGCAGAACUGUCCUGCAACCCGCGUUGCUGGCGCUGCUGUUUUGCGCAGUGGCGGCGGUGCUGUCUCCGAACGUUAUCCGCUCGGGAAGGAUCGGCAGUCGUCGGUCGCGGCGACGACCGCUCAACACAAAGCACAGCCUCCUGGAUUUCAUCAGGAUAGGUUCCACUACAAUGAAAGAACGUCUUGUCCCACCCCGGCACCACUUGGAACUACCGGCAGGUUCACAACCCCUAACAGCAGCAACAGUGGGGACAGGUACACACAGGGUAGCUUGGACAGGUACCAUCCAAGCUCAACGCCAUACCCGCGGACCCCGACUCCGUCAUCGGAACGGUUCCACAUGCUGGACAAGAAGUACCACUUGGAGGCAGUGGAGACGUCGCCGCAAGUCCCAUGCUCGAUCGAUAGCUCUUUGUUCUUCAGAUAUACCCCGACUGAACGCCACAGGCGAAAUUCGAAGUCUGAUGUCUACAAGAUCAGAGAGAGAUCAGCUAGUUCGGAUAGGAAGGAGAGGCUGCAAAGAGAGCAUCUGCAAGGACGGGUACAGCAGUAUGAAACGAAUAGCCAAUAUGAAAGGCCAGCUACGCCAUCAAUUUUGGCUUGUCCGCCUGCUCCGGCUCCUUUUGGUGGGCCUUCGGCCACAUCAGAACCUCCGUCUCCUGCUCCAGCGUGCGAUCGUUUCGUGGCCCCGCCCCCUGCUGACGGAGAGCCAGAAACGACCGACUGUUAUGCGCACGGGGCGUUUCCAAGUCCAGUUGCGCCGGCUACGCAGGAACGAUUUGCACCUCCACCGCUACCUGCGCCCUCACCCACAGAGGAUAGACCAAGCAACAAGCAAAGAUAUCAUCAAGAGAAGUACCACUAUCAGUCGCCAAAUCAAUCGUCGGAUAGGUUCUAUCAGUAUACCUCAAAACAGGACAGGUAUCAUAUAUCUGGCGGGGCCAGUCCUACGCCCUCGGGAGGCUACUACCAGACGGUGAAUAAUGGGGAGCAGAGGUUUAGUGAGGGGCAGCGAUACAUACCUCCGCACGCGCAUAUGCCGGUUGAAAGGUAUGUACCACAGCCACAACCACAAGAGCCUUUCUACAACUCGUAUCAGUCAUCGUACGAGCGUUAUCCCAAACAAUUUAAUGCUUCCGACCCCUACACGAGACGAGACCUUAACUAUUACAGGCUGCCCAUGCAUUAUUUACAAAACCAGUUCCAGAAGAGUCGGUAUUCGAAUCAUGGCACACCUUCAAGACUUAAGUGUUGUCAAUUCGAAACUGUAUCAUCUGGAGGAGCUCGAUCGAGCCCUGGCUCCAGUUCCAGUGCAAGUUCAGUGACAAGCGCGGGUCACACUUCCAGCCUGCAAGACAUUCAGUGCCAAAACCUUCAAACGACUGGAGGACAUUAUCAACAGGAAAAGGGAACUCAAUGUCCCAUUACUCCUCCAAUUACAUCAGCUUCGCGUGUCGCGGCAAGUUUAGUGUCUUGUCGACAUGGCAACUGCGAAGGGACAGUGGAGUACGUGGGAGCCAGUGGGGGACGUCGCAUUUGUGCCACACCACCACCCCGGCCCCAAGAUCGGUGCGAGGGUUGUAUCCAGGCGGCAGCCCAAGCUGCAGCUGCUGCUGCUGCAGCUGCCCAGCAAGCAAAGAGUGGACGGCAACAUCAACAACAAGCACAGCAAUGGCGAUCCUCCACACCGAGCAACCCACUUCCAGCCUAUCAAAGCCCAAUGCAACCAAACCAUCCGCUGGUUGCAGAUCAGCCCCCAAGCGCUGCCCAGUUGACUCCACGUCAUGUGCAAACCAAUCGCAGCUUAACACCGACUAAUCAACGAUCUCUAACCCCAACCGCUGGACUUUCGAGCUCGGGCACCGAACAAUCCGGACUCAGUUCGAGUUCAAUGAGCGAUGAUCGACGAGAAAGCACACCUCCAAGGCUCCGACAAAGUGCUGCUUCCAGCGUCCAGAAUAUCCAAAAUGUUGGUCAGUCCCAUCCGGGCACUCCGUCCAACUUCCAAGCCUCAGCUCAUGGCAGUUUGCUCACUGCUGCCAAUAUACCAGUGAUGCAGAAUACACUGCAGCAUACAGCAUCAGCUAGUCAAAUGAAUCAGGUUGGGGUGCAGCUCGUACCAGCUGCUUCAAACAGAGCAGCCAUUUCCGUGCAAAGAGCCGCUUCUAUGCCGGCUACACCAGCAGAUCCAGGUAUUCGGGGUGGGCCAAGUGGUGUCGGUCAAGCGGAAGGAACAGAUAGAGUUGGAGGUGCUAGGAAGGUUAAUUAUAGCCAGAGCGAACGAGUUCCUAACCGGCCUGUAUUAAAUCGAUCAGUGAGUAGAAAAGAAAUUAUUAAGAACUACAUAAAGAAAGAGACUGCUAACUUUUUCGGCGUCGAUGAGGAAAACGAAGAUGAUGAACAAAAGAGAUGGUUCGACAGGCGAAAACGGAUGGCAUUUAGAGCUAUGGGUCCAUUAAAAGAAGAAUAUUACACUGUUCAAAGACCAUCUCAUUCGCAAUUAGCAACUGGCUUAAGACAUCGGAGGGCGGCAUCUGAAGCCGUUCCACCCGUUGGAGACUUUAAUCGUCUUCAGAUGGGCGGAGGUCGACCAGACGUCUUACCUGGCGAAGAAGGCGAUGAACCAGACGUAGCCGAACCUGCCGAGCCUGGCGUGAUUGGGCUACAAAGAAAAGACUCCGUGGCUAGAAUGACAUGGAAUGGCCUGAACUACGUUGUUACGACACUGACGAGACAUCGGCCAAGGCCUCGUUCGCAACAAAGCUCUUUAUCCAGAAGCUUUCCACCGGAUGUUCCUCAAACACCGCCACAUGACGUGAUGCCGUCUCCAGAAGAAGAGUUGGAGUCAUUUUUUGUUAAACCUGACGCACACGAGAGAGUACGGCAGUUGGAUCAGGACACUGUGGACCGCACUGAGAGGGUAAACUUUGCAGAGCCGCCAUAUAGAAAUAGAGAGAGAUACGCGGCAACGGCCAGUGGAUGGCGAAGAGAUCAAGAUGAAGUGGUUCUGAGACAUCCCGAGCAUCGAGCCAACAUUGGCUUAUCUCGAAUCUCUUCUACCACCCUGCAUAGUAUCAGGGAUAAUUCGGAUAGGCGCCAAUAUGGUAUGGGUUGGGUUGGAAGGUUGUUUGGGCGCGUGUACAGGAAAUCUGUAGUAUCGCAUCCAGUAAUUCAAGAACAAUUAGAACACAUGGAUGAUCAUAGGCCAUAUUUCACUUAUUGGAUUACAAUAGUUCAAAUUCUAGUAUUACUGAUUUCAAUAUUUUGCUACGGUAUCGGACCUUUUGGCUUUGACCUUAAGGCCAGAUCCGGGCAGGUGUUGGUAACGAGUUUAAGUUUGCAGCAAGUUGACUACUUGGAACCUGCUAAUUUCUGGAUAGGGCCUAGAGCUGCGGAUCUCAUUCAUCUAGGAGCCAAGUUUGCACCGUGCAUGCGAGUAGACGACAAAAUCACGCAGCAGAUAGAAAAAACUCGGAAAAAAGAGAAGGAAACUGCGUGUUGUAUCAGAAAUGAUGAUUCCGGUUGCGUGCAGUCGUCUCAAGCAGACUGUUCGGUCAGAGGAUUGCGACCAACAGUAAGUUACUUGGACGAUAAAGCGAUAUCGACUUGGAUCAAAUGGACGUCGGUGGCCACUGGACCUGGGGGCCGCAUUUCUGGCUCAGUAUGUGGUUUAGAUCCCAAGUAUUGUGAUGCUCCUGCUAGUGUCCACCCGUUCGAGUGGCCGGACGACAUAACAAAGUGGCCGAUUUGCCGCAAAACCAACACGCAAAUUUCGAAUGCAGUAGCAAAUCGGCGAGAUAAAAGCGCCCCUCGUGAUAAACUUGCCGAGCAUAUGGUUUGUGAGGUGAUCGGGCAUCCUUGCUGUAUUGGUAUACAUGGGGAAUGCCGGAUUACCACCAAAGAGUACUGCGACUUUGUUCGCGGCACUUUCCAUGAAGAAGCUUCAUUGUGUUCACAGGUAUCCUGUUUGAACGAUGUAUGCGGAAUGAUACCAUUUUUCUUCCCGGAUAUGCCAGAUCAAUUCUAUCGACUCUGGACUUCGCUCUUUUUACAUGCCGGUAUCGUACAACUGAUCAUCACAGUGCUACUCCAAUAUCAUAUGAUGCGAGGACUGGAAAAAUUCACGGGAUCAUUAAGGAUAGGGAUCAUUUACAUUGGGUCUGGAGUAGCUGGAAAUUUGGGGAGUGCCAUUUUUGUACCGUAUCGCGCCGAUGUUGGACCUGCCGGCUCGCAGUUUGGCCUCCUCGCCUGUCUCAUCGUAGAACUCCUAAACGCCUGGCCGAUGCUCAAACGCCCCAAGAGGGCACUUGCAAAAAUGAUCGGAACUACCAUAGUGCUGUUCAUCGUUGGUUUGCUGCCCUGGGUAGACAACUACGCCCAUCUGUUCGGAUUUGUGUUUGGCUUUUUACUGAGUUAUGCGCUACUUCCUUUCCUAUCAUUCGGGGACUACGAUCGCCAUAAAAAGGUACUGCUCAUAUGGGUGUGCCUUUUAACGGCCCUCCUGUUAUUUGUGAUCUUGCUGCUGCUAUUCUAUAUCAUUCCCGUGUAUGACUGCAAGGUAUGUUCGUACUUCAAUUGCUUUCCUUUCACCUCAGACUUUUGUGCGAGUCAGAAUAUUAACUUCAAAAGGGAAGAGCCCAUAGUAUGACACACGGGAUUACGGUGUGUUGUCUUAGUGGAUGGCGUGAAUUUCCACGUUCGUUCGAUGGACUCGUUGUUUUUAUAACUUUUGCUUCUGGAAGCAUUAGAUAUGUUUCCAGGGCAUCAUUUCUGCUGCUGAGAAAUAACGAAUAAUAAUUUCAAGUUUCCCAAAUCAUUCAUAACAUUGACUGGUAGACUUAUGUUGGUCAUUACGUGAUCUACCGGUUUUUCAAGCAUAUACUCGUUUUUAUGUAUUUUACUAUUUUAUAUCUCGUGGUUUGUGACGUGUGAUUUGUGAAAAAAAACUAGUGACGUUUUGCUGUUUAUUCAUGUUUAAUGGAAAUUUUGUUACUGGCCUAAGUACUAAUAUAGAACAUAUUUUGUUAUCGUUAUGUGAUUGUAAGUUUACAUUCCGAAUUUGAUUUGCUCAAACUGAUUCUAGUGUUUGUUAAGUUUAUAUUUAGGCAUAUGAAAUUCCGUUUAAACUCGACUGAGCUGCAUUUAAGUAUAUAUUGCACACAGAAAUUAACUGGUUGGUUUCCCUAGAUCUAUAGUAUUGCUUCUUACAACAUGGGACAAAACUUUUUACAAUCCCCAACAUAAACUUGGUAUUUUCAAUGUCUUUCUUCAGUUGCAAGUGAAUGUGCGGUUAGCCCUAUUACAUAAACAAUUAAGUAUCUAAUCAUUGAGUCACAACCAAGUAUUUAACAUUCGUCGAUUAUUUGGCUACUUUUUUAAGGCUUUUGACCUAAUCUGCCUUUGGCAUGCGGAAUAUAGUAAAUUAAAUUUUACACGAACUGUAUAAUUUGCAUCAACCUAUUUCUACAGCUCAAAUGGAGAAACCAUUGUAUAUGAUCUCUUCCGCAUGAAGGCACAAAUUGGAUCAUAAAACCGUAAUACCAGUUGGCAACAUUCCAGUCGCACGAUAGCGACUUGGUUUCAAAUACCUUUCGGACUGAAUAAUACAAUUUCCUGAAUAUUUGAAUAAUCCUGAGUAUGUAAAUACUAAUAUGUGGUUUUUAAGGAAGACAUUAAAUAGGGCUGUACAGGGUGACACAAAAGUUCGGAGACGACUUGUUUUAAUCCUAACUUUUAUUAAACAUAAAAAUUCAACUAAAUUAUACAUAUUCCAAAGCCAAAAAAAUUCUCUACAAAAUCCAUAAACAACAAUUCGAAAUGGCCUCCUUCAGCCGACACACCGGCUUGCAGACAUUUUUGACGCUGGCCGCAAGUGUUUUUUCUGAGAUUUCGUCCCACGCCGUUUGGAGACAACAACUAAAUUGCGACAAACUUGCGAAGUCCAUCGGAUUCAGGUCGGGCGAGUUGGACGGCCAGAAAGUCUUAUCACAGGCGACGAUUUUGUUGAUUUUGCAAUAAUCCAAGGGUGACCUCGCAGAAUGAGCCGGCGCCCAAUCCUGUCUAGCGCCGAUUUUUGAAGUGUCGGCUCCAGGGAAUCACACACAAUCAUUCAAAAUGAGCUCUUGGUAGACUUGGGAGUUGAUCUUGACACCCCGGUCGACAAACACCAGCGGUGUCUUCCCGUUUUUCGAAAUUUUCCGCCCACACCUUGACCGAUUUCGGAAAGUGGCGUCGCUGAACUCGGGCAUUUUUUCUAAAAAUGCAUUGUUAGCCUGAAGGAGCAGAAAAUUCUAAAAAAUUCCAAAUGAGUUCCGAAGAACGGGGGUCGUUGCGUUGGUCGGUCUUCCGCUUCGAGGCCUGUCGGCCCCGUUGUGUUCAACUCCUCGUACCGUUUAAUGGUUCUGUAGAUCGUGCUGCUUGAAAUACGGAGGAGUUUUGUGAUGUCAGCCGGCGACUUUCCCGAUUCGAACAAUUUUACGACGGCAACACGGUUUGUUUCACGACUCAUAGCGAAAAACGAAAAAAACAAUUUAAUAUGGUAAGCAAACGUAACUUAACGUAGAGAAUUUAACGGGCUACACCAUAACCUCCACGUCAAAAACACCAUUGACAUUUAAAUUUUCGAAAUUUUUCUCCGAACUUUUGGGUCAACCUGUAUAUGCGGGCAAGGAAAUUAAGCAAACUAUAAUCUAGAGAAAUUCAACUAAACAGAACAGUAAACCAAAAAAGUUGCUUUCCAUUUGUAUUUCCCUGCUAAACUCGGUAAUACUUUUAGCAUGGUCCAAACAUCACCGAUAUAUAACUAUUUACUAUAAAAAUAUCAGCACGCAUUUCGAUUCAUACUGUUCUUAAACAUUCCCCGAAGUCGCGCAAAACAAUUUUAACUGGUCGUGUUCUUUUGCAAACUAUUGAUAAGCUCAUUACAAACGCAGGUUAGCCAUUAUGAACAUUUAAUUUGUUAAUUAGCUAGAGGAUAAUCUAGUGUGUGUAAGCAACCAAAAAAAAUGGAGAUUGGUGACAAGGACAGAAAAAAUUGUGAACCCUUUCAAAGUACAGUGAGGAAUUAUCUGUGCUGUACCGUAUAUUAUAAAUUUAAUAACAAGAACUUUAUAAAAAUUAUGUGAUAAUUAUACGGAUUUUGCAACUGCAGAUAUACCCUUCCAUGGGUAUGUAUUAGCGAUUUUUAUUUGUAAGGGUUAAAUGUAGUUGAUGAAACUGCUUUAGAACAAUCUACUCCUUUUAGAAUACGUUUAAACAUUUCUCUGGAUAUCAAAAACGCGGAUUUUAUUGAAUAUUGUGUUAGAGAACAGUUUCAUCGAACUCGUUCAUAUUUAUUUGCAACGAACUACUUCAAGUAAUUAUUUGCCAAGAAGUACAGUGAACUGCUUACUUUCAAAGAUGUAAAUUAUCUAAAAGUUACCGUUCUUAGCUUUAAAUCCCUAUUGUCGUAUGGACUGUCCUAUUUUCAUAUACUCUUUGCACUCGUGGGUGUUUAAAGCGGCUAACAUUAAAAUAAUGACACUUUGAUUAAUUGAAAAAAAUGCCCCAAAAUAAUUGUUUUAACUCAGUAAUUUAAAGUGAAUAAUAUAAUAUUUCAGAGUGUUCUAAAGGACGUCACUUGUUUAUAUAUCGCUGUUAAUUUCAAAUUGUGUUUUUUAAUGCUUAGCGUUGAUUCGUGCAUGAGUAGCUAUGACGAGAAUAUAAUGGAAAAGUAAUAUAGGUAUAUUAAAGAACAUUAAAAAUGUAAUUUCAACGGUCAAGCUUCAAGGAAAACUAGACUUUUGAUUGCUGUAAAUGAUCAUAUCAAAAUAGGGCAGACCAAAAAAAAUCAUGUAUGUAUUGUACGUCAUUUUCGAAGGUCUUAUUUAUAUAUACUACAAAACUUGGGAUUAUUGAAAUAAAAACUAAAAAUAUUUUCAAUAUUAUAGACAAUGUAUCAUAAGUAGAACAUACUUAAGGCAUGAAUGACGUAUUUAAAAGUGUGUAUAUAUAAUAUUGCUAAGUAAAAUGAGGUACCUUCUUUAAUUCUAGGAAUUUGUACUUAAUUUUUGAAUCACAAGACCCUGUUCAUGAAAUGUGCGUACAUUUUAGAAUAUCCAACGGUGACAACGCGCAAUGUAAUUUACACAAUAGCAUUGUUUCCAUUUCAAUUGAAAACGGUUUAUAACUAAUACAGCUUUCUCCAUAUUACAAUUGAAGAUUACUUAUUUAUUUAGUUGAAGAACUCCUAGAAAUUCGUGGAUAUUCUUAAUGUAAGCAAGGUAAAUACGACUACUAAGAUAACUUUUGAAUGUAAAGUUGAUAAACCCUUUAGGUGCGAUACUCGACCAUUUUGUUUUAUUUUGUAAUACUCCAAUUAAAAACUGAAACCCUGACUUAUAUUGAAGAAUGAUUGUUUCUUUUCGGCCCCAUACUAAUUUUCAUACUUUCUAUCAUAAAUCAUCCGCCAAACCAAAACCUAAUAGAUGAAAGUUAUAGAAAUAGCAGAACCUGCAUUCUGCAGUCAGUAAUAAAGUCUCCAUAAAUCAGUUAUUUUUCAAAAUGUUUUCUUAGUUUGCAAUUUUACUUCAGUUUAAUUAGCAAAAUCAUAAAAGUAAAUGUUGUUAGGCUCCUUAAAAAUAAUAAAAUUAACUGUAAAGCCGUUUGAAGCACUUUAUUUGAACAAUAAAAUAUAAAAUGAUAUUUUGAACGAGAGACUAUGUAUACAAAAAGUCUCCAUACACUAACAUUGCUUUCUUAAAAAUAGUUAUCUUAAAGUAUAAUAUUUUGUAAAGUUUUCAUUGGCUAUAAUAAUGGCAACAAGCCUUUCCGGAAGACAAUACAAUUUUUCUUGCAACUUCUGGUGGAAUGCUUUCCCGUUCUUGUCUAUCCUAUUUUUCUCUUCUUAUUUUUCCUUAUUUCUAUCUUGGUGUUUUCUCACCCGACGCUUUAACUCUUCCCACUGGUAUUCUUUUGGUUAAUGCCCAGUGAUUGCGGUGGUGUAUGAAGUUGUUGGCGGAUAUGCCAUUAUAUAUCAUCCAUUCACGUACAAGCCUAGCAGUGUGCUUACGAUCGUUAUCUUGUUGGACUAAAUCACGCCCGACGAGAGCAGUUUUUGAACACUUGCUUGCAAAUUAUUCCUUAAGAUAUUGUAGCAUGUUACAUAAUACAAUGAAAAUUAAAUUGCCUGUUCCAUUGGCUGACAUGCAGCCCCACAAUAAAACAUUACCUCCUCCGUGCUUCAUAGUAGGGCAAAUAUUUUCACUUUUUUCUGCUGCAUUUUUUCCUCCAUACUUUAUUCCGGCCAUCUGACCCAAAAAGGUUAAUGUUUCAUCACUAAAAAUAACACUUUCCCAAAACUGAUUGGCUUUGUUAACAUGUUGCCGCGCAAAUUCGAGUCGUUUUUUUCUCUUUUUUUCUGAAACUAAUGAAACUCUAAAUUUUCUUCUUGCAACGCGGCCGUUGUAACACGCUCGUUUCUUAUUGAUUGAGGGGUAACACUUUUUGGAGCACUUAUUUUAGAAUUACGUCUAAUUUUUCUCAUAACACUGGACUCUUCCCGUGCAGUUAACUUCCUGUGACGACCAGAGCGAGGCCGCACUUUAUAUGAACCGGUAUAUUUGUACUGGUUUACGACGUACUGUACAGUGAAAUAUGAAUUUCCAAUUAUUUUGCCAAUAUAUCUAAAAUAUUCUUUCUUCCUCCACAAAUCACCACAGAAAUAGUAAUUUUGCAAUGCUGAGCACUCAUUUUUGAUCUACUACAAAAACACAGACUUAAAUGUGACGUUUGUAAACAAAUAUGAUUAAUUUGUUUGAGGCGAUACUUAACAAGCCAACUUGAUAAACUGUGCUAAGAAUUACUGAUGCGUCGCUCGGUAAUUGAUGCUGAAUAGCCCUUUUUUAAGUGUCUGGAGACUAUUUAUAUAAUGUCUCGAUCCUAAUAUCAAUGUAUCUACAACUGUUAUAUAAUGACUAUAAUUUGGCACUCUUUCAAAUGUCAUAAUGCUGUUUAGUACCGCACUAGUAGGUAAUAAAUCUGUCGAUCAUUGUCAAAGUUGUAUCUUAAAAUUGUACAUUUUAAAAUAAGUUCAAGCGAUGAUCCUUCUGAUAUUGAGAACGAAGCUUUUAAUGUUGUUUCGCAUCUUGUGCCAGAUAAAUUACGGAAGAAAUAAAUACCAAGAAGCUUUGGUCGGUACCCGAAAUGGUACAGUGAACAAAAAAUACACCCAUAAAAAACAUCGAAAACCAAAUGGACGAAGGUUUAUCUGUUUUGCUUACUUUGUUAACAUAUACUAUUAAAAAAAUUCUCGCUUGUUAAGUUUAGUAUCUUUCUUUUACUGCACGAUUUCUGGUACCGAUCAAAAACUUCUUGGUAUUUCUUCCGUGGUUUCCCUGGCACAAGAUCCGAAACAAUAUUAAAAGCUUCACUCUUAAAAUCGCAUGGCAGAUCAUCGCUUGAAUUCAUUAGCAAAUGUGUAAUUUUCCUAGGUUCUGUAUUCAAUUUUAUAACUAAUUAUUUUUAAUCAAAAAUAAUUAAAAUAAUAAUCGUUAUAGUUGUAAAGAAAAUAUAGUACGUAAUACGUAGGAUAUUAUAUUAUUAACCGCACUUACUGCGAUUACACGACUUGCCCUACAGCCUCGUCGUCAAAUCUUCACAUGCUUGCGUUAAUAAUAUUCAUAUCCUACUGGUUACGUAAAUAACUAUUAUUUUUAUUGUUGAAAUAAGGUGUUUCAAGUGACUUUACCUUCAAUAAAGACAAUAAUUUCCUCGGCAAAGUGCGGGUUUUGCGAUCGCUAAUUUCAGGCUAAACCCAGCUGAUGAAAGCUAAUAGGCUCGAAACCGGCCCUGGGGGUUGCCUGAAGUUAGCGAGCCUCAAAAAUUGCGAAAUCUUAUUUAUCUUCAAUUUUACUACUUGUAAGCAAAGUGCCGAUAUUUACAUGAAAUGUUUUUCUAAUUAAAUCGAAACAAAAUAGCAAACUAAGAAGGAAUACAAAAAAUUACUGAUGUAUGAAGACUUUUUUACAGACUGUACAUUCGAUUAAAGUAAAUUCAAUAUGAAAAAUUUCAAACUUGCUUCCGUAGUCCAGACCUGAAUUAACUGGUAUACUUUAUUACUAUGAUCCGUUUCAAGUAUUAGAAACAAUGUAACAUAAUUUUUUAUAAGAAUUUUAGACUAAUAUAUUGUAACAUUGUGAAUCAUAUAAACGACCCUAUAGUAGAGUUUCCUUUUGCAGAUCAUGUCAAUACUAUUGUUUUGAACGUUUACUGAUUGUCGCAGUAUUAUAUUUCUUUGUAAACGCAUCAACAUUUGGCAUUUUCCUUUUUGUAUAAAUUAUAACGUUAUUAUGAGAUUCAGAGUUUUCAGGUUUCAAGAUACUGUUGCUUUGGAGGCUUUACUUGGACUGUUUGUUAAAAAAACAGCUGUGCGUGCGUUUAAAACAGUUAAGUACGCAUAUAAAUUUAACUUUUCAUCAAAAAGGGAAGUUAAAUAUAGUGCGUAUUGAAAUAAUUUAAACGUUUUUUGGUGAUAAUGUGAAAAACCUCUUAUUUUAAUAAUAAUCUAAAUUACAUGACUGAUCUCUUUUGUUGAGAUUUGAAAGAAAUUCGCGCAUCGUCGAGAACCCUUGUACAGUUCCCCUUUGUAAUUAUCAGGUGUUUACACUAUUAAGACCAAAGCCUUACGAUUAAUAUUAUAUAAUAAAUAAAUUCUGCACAUAUUACAUC